AAACAAAUCGAAAUAGGAAGGGGUAUGGAUUUAUUUUGGGAGAACCCGAAUCAAGUUCCGGUCCGGAUCCUAUGGUAUUUCCGGUAGCGGCAAUAGAUUUCCGUAGCACGAGGUCAAAGAGUUCAGGAAUCUCCCAACAUUUCCGUCGAUGGCUAUCCUACUUGGUCAUGUUUCAUCACCGUCGAUACUACUUGCUCCUCCCUCUUCUGCAAUUUGGAAUAUUCGUCGGGGUUUGAAAAGUAGUUUUUCCCCAAGAGCUGUUGGGGUUAAAGCAUGUUUCUUCAACCCAAUCCCAGAUCAACCUAUCAUCAAAGAAGCUCUAAAGGAACCCGUAGCUUUCAUGGGAGGGAUGCUUGCUGGCCUUUUAAGAAUUGAUCUAAAUGAAGAUCCUCUCAAGGAAUGGGUCACUAGGACUGUGGAGGCUACCCAAGAAAUUCAUCACGCCACUGAAGCCCAAGCAGAAGACACCCCACUACAGAUAGAAAUCGAGUGACUUUAUUGCAAGUGUAAACCUCAUGUAUUCUAGAUGAUAUACCAUCGUACCAUUUGUGCUUAAUAAAUAAUACUUCCUCUUGUUCUUGACUUCACCGGUUUUAAGAUAUAAACUUUUUUCUUUUGACUUUCCUAUUAUACUCUUUACUGCCGAUGUAUUAGCCUUCCUAUUCAAGGUAAAAAUCUGAGUUGAUUGGAAAGAUUCGUGCCACCAGUUGAACCGCUGCUCACUGUUGCUGGUUCAUCUUCGUUGCAACAAGCCACUGGCUCUGGAGUCUCCUUCUCCGGUGGUGGGUCUAUCACCACCGCCGGUGGAGUAUUCUUACGUGUUGCAAGUUGCUGGAAUGAGGAUGAAGGGACGCUCCAAAAAGUACUCGCUGGGCUUAGGAUUUCACAUAGAGAGAGAUAUAUGUGGCCGGGCAUUUCGGUGAAACCAUCUUAUCUGAGCCACUUAUUUGUCUGAAAUAAAAUUGUUCCUAUUUUUAUCUAUUAAGAAGCUCAGAAUUCUAUUUUUGUCAUUAAUCCAAAUGCUAGUUAAUGUUUUGUAUAAGAAUGACAUGUCAUGACUCAUGAUGUCAAAAAGUCGCAAAUGGAAGAAUAAGUUGGUCAAAAGUUUGUAUGUGAGCAUGAUUUGAAUCAAAUUUGCC